UCAGCUCAGCACACAUCCUGGCACGCUGUGCGCUGCAAGCCUCGCUGUGGUGUCUCCGGUUGUGCUGCUAGUGAAUGUGAUUGAUACGGCGGAGGCCGCUCUCUGUGCUCCGGGGUUAUAUGGAGUGUUUGUGUAUACAGUAGCUUGAAGGUCAGAAACAUGUCUUUAUACGACGAUUUAACAGUUGAGACUAGUGAUUCAAAAACAGAAGGAUGGUCAAAAAACUUUAAGCUCUUACAGUCACAAUUGCAAGUCAAAAAGGCAACUCUAACACAAGCAAAGACUCAAAGAACAAAACAGAGCUCAGUAUUAGCGCCUGUUAUUGACCUUAAAAGAGCCAGCGCUGAUGACCGACAAAUUGUUGAUACUCCACCCCAUGUGGCCGCUGGACUAAAGGAACCUGUUCCAAGUGGAUUUUCUACUGGGGAUGUGUUGGUUCCAUUGGCAGAUGAGUAUGACCCUAUGUACCCUAAUGAAUUUGAAAAAGUGGUCAAACGACAGCGGGAGGAGAGACAGCGGCUACGUGAAAUAGAAAGGCAAAAAGAAAUCGAGGAGCGAGAAAAAAAAGGUCACUUUGCCCAUGAGAACAAUCAAAACCUCGGUGCUUCAAGGUAUGGGGGAGCAUGUGACCAGGAUGCUGUGGCCAUGAAUGAGCAGCCAAUCGCCAGAUCCGCACACCUUUUAUCUAAGGAUUUCAUUAACCCCAUGAGGCGUAAGGAUCGUCAUGAAGCUAGCGGAUUUUCUCGUAAACCUGACCUUGAAUCUGAUGAGGAUGAAGAAUAUGAAAAAGACAGACGCAAGAGAACAGCGGUAGGAGGCGCAGCUAUCGCACCACCUACAUCUCUCGUUGAGAGGGACAGGGAAUCUAUAGUGCCAGCAUACGAUGAAGAGCCCAGGCACCGACCACCCGCGCCUAAGGCUGCUAUUCCUCCCCCCAUGUAUGAUGAACCAGAGCGACCGCGGUCUCCAACUGGACCUAGUAAUUCCUUUUUAGCAAACAUGGGUGGAACUGUGGCUCACAAAAUCAUGCAGAAGUAUGGCUUCCGGGAAGGACAAGGGUUGGGAAAACAUGAACAGGGCCUCAGUACUGCAUUGUCUGUUGAGAAAACCAGUAAGAGAGGAGGCAAAAUUAUCAUUGGUGAUUUAGCAGACAAAGCUGAAGCUGCAAAGAAAGGAACGGAUCCCAACCCUUUAACAGAAAUACUGAAGUGUCCCACGAAGGUGGUUUUAUUACGGAAUAUGGUUGGUGCAGGGGAAGUGGAUGAAGAUCUAGAAGGCGAAACAAAGGAGGAGUGUGAAAAAUAUGGCAAAGUGGCAAAAUGCGUCAUCUUUGAGAUCCCUGGUACUCCAGAUGAAGAUGCAGUGCGGAUAUUUUUGGAAUUUGAACGAGUAGAAUCGGCUAUUAAAGCUGUUGUGGACCUGAAUGGGAGAUAUUUUGGUGGCCGCAUUGUCAAGGCAUGCUUCUACAACCUGGAUAAAUUCCGAACACUGGAUCUUGGAGAAUAGUGUAGUCUCGUCAGAGUGUCUUAUAUGCUCUAUAUGGAUAAAGUAUCCCAAAUUUAUCACGUUUACUGUGAUGAACAUUUUGUUUUUUUAUUGCUAUAUAAAGGUUUUUGUUUUUUUAAUAGGAUAAUGACAUUUUUAAAAUUGUCCUCUAUGGAAUGGAUACUGUUCCCUUCAUUCAAACAGUGUUUGUGUCAAUGUCCUAGGACAAAUGGAAAACAUUCUUAUUUUCUUCAGACCUUUCAGAUUUCUGCCAAGCUGUCAUUUAUGGUCUUGUGUUUUUUUGUUUUUUGUUUUUUUACACACAUUGCCUUCGAAACAAUUUCAUACUGAUGUAAUUAUACAAUAUUGGUGAAAAUACUGUAAAUUUUGAUGUAAUUAAAAUACAGUGUUCUUUUCUGCUGGAUUGACUCUGUGAAUGUA